UUGUCCAAUACCACACCCAAAUAUUACAUUUUGCAAUAUGGCUUUAGUAGUUUCUAUUAAAUUUUGGUUGCUAUUUAUUACAUGUGUGAUUGGGAUAGCUUCAGCUGAGUUAUCAAAUGAUUUCUAUGAUAAAAGUUGUCCUAAAGUUCUUCGCACAAUUAGGAAAAUAGUUGAAAAGGCUGUUUCCAAUGAGAGCCGCAUGGGAGCUUCUUUGCUACGACUCCAUUUCCAUGACUGUUUUGUUCAAGGAUGUGAUGCAUCAGUAUUGUUAGACGACACAGAAAAUUUCACAGGUGAAAAGAAUUCAUUCCCAAAUGCAAAUUCAUUAAGAGGUUUUGAAGUAAUAGAUGACAUCAAAUCUCAAUUGGAGAUAAUGUGUCCUGGUGUUGUCUCUUGUGCUGACAUCUUGGCCGUUGCUGCAAGAGAUGGUAUUGCUGCUCUUGGUGGACAAAGAUGGAAUGUACUAUUAGGAAGAAGAGAUUCAACAACAGCAAGUUUAGCUGAUUCAAAUUCUGAUUUACCUGCUCCCUUUUUGGAUUUUGAUGGCCUUGUCUCUGCUUUUGAUAAGAAAGGUUUCACUACCCAAGAAAUGGUUACUUUAUCAGGUGCUCACACAAUAGGGCUAGUGAGGUGCAUAUUUUUCAGAGCAAGGAUAUACAAUGAAACAAACAUAGACCCUUCAUUUGCAGAAUCAAUGCAAGCAGCAUGUCCCUUUGAAGGUGGAGACAACAAUUUAUCUCCAUUUGACACCACUACCCCAUUUGUAUUUGACAAUGCUUUCUACCAAAACUUGGUUAUAAAUAAGGGUCUUGUACACUCUGACCAACAACUAUUUGGUAAUGGAACAUCCACAAAUACACAAGUAAGAGGAUAUAGUAGAAACAUGGGACGUUUCAAAAAAGACUUUGCAGUUGCUAUGUUCAAAAUGACUAAUCUUAGUCCACUUACUGGAACUGAUGGUCAGAUUAGGCUAAAUUGUAGGGUCAUCAAUACUACUCCAUCAAACACUACCACUACUACUUAAUUAUUUAUUAAUCACCAUACUAAAUAAUUGCUCAUGUCACAUGUGUGUAUUAUUAUAAUUCUUUCAAUUAAUAAUAAAUUGUCAUAAGUGCAAAUUAGUCAAUCACCAUACUGAAAUUCAUUUCGUUAAUUUGCACCAA